AGCCUCGGACUCGCAAUCUUCGUUCAGUUACAAUUGACGCCGGUUGUUUGUAUUACCGCGCUCCAAGUUAUUUUUUUUGUUUCUUUUUUAUUAUUAAUAAUCAGCGACAAAAAGUACACAGACCUACCCAGCUGUAAUAUCAGUGCCGAAUAUAUCCGUACGUGUUAUACUCGGACAACGUGAUCUUGGAAAACCUACAAACGGAGUUUUUUCUUUUUGUUGUACACACUGGGUUCACUGACGAGCGAGUGCACCUGCGGCAAUAAAUUGUUGUUUAGAGUCAAUGUCGUUCGACGAUUUAGAAAACUUCCAUUUGUCACAAAUACUUUUUUUAAAUAACUCUGAGCAAUACAACGUUACAGGUGCAGAAUUAUUUUUCUGACAAGUGCGGCAAUAGUAUAUUAUCUAUACAUACCUAUAGUUUUUCUGUUCUACGAGAUAAUUGGAGAACAAUACAUAUGUAUACUGAGAGUGUUUCGUUCACAUUUCACUAUAAAUAAUCGCGAAACCGAAUUUAUCAUCUUCGAUUUGAAUUUCACCUGUGAAGCUGGAUCAGCUAGAUUCGUGUGGCGGAUUAAUUCUGCAAUAUCAUCAUAACAAUAUAAACUCAGCGAUCAUGACUCGCCUACCAUUUUUCGAGGUAUAUAAAAAAUAAGCAGCGUGUGCAGAGCUGCUGUAUACCCAUAUAUCCUAUAAUAUAAUAUACACAUAUAAAAAUAUCGAGUCUCUAAAAUCUGUGCGUAAAUUUUUUCCAAGUACAAUCAGUCCCCCUCUAUCUGCAUAUUUUUCUUAUUUUUUCAAAAUCGUUGAGAAAAAAAUCAGCGUAUAUAACAUACAUAUGAAAUCCACCUGAUAUAAUUACGUAAAAAUAUAUUAAAAAUCAAAAGUCUAUUAACUGUUCUACCGCGAACAAGGGUUGCGAAUUUUCGUUCAAAACCGUUCACGUGAGAAUUAUAAAAUAGAAGUAUAAUAUAAUAAUUAUAAAAAUAAUAAUAAUGAUAUCGGUUAAAUUGUACUUAUUUCUCAACAGACACAGUGGAAUAAUAUAACCUUGAAUUUGCAUAGUUAUAAUCGAGCAAAAAUAUAUUUUAAUAUGUGUAUGUGAACACAUAUAACACAUAUUUCGAUGUGAAAUUCAACUAAUCAGCUGAUUCUUUCAAUCACGCGAGUAUAAAAGGGUGUCGUUGUAUUAUAGCAACGAUAGAUAUGUGCGAAUAGAUAGGAAGGAAGAGCAAAAAUUUAUCAAUAUCACUGUCGUUAUCGUUGUAAGAAUUGGAGAAAAAAGGUCCGAUACCUGUACGUAAUAGGCGCGAGCCGGCGAAUGAGUAAUAAUCAAAAUCACAAUCAAGAUCAAAAUCCUAAUAAUAAAUAAUCGAAGUGUAACAUAUCAAUUGCAAUAAUACUAUAACAAUAAUCAAAAAUACGAAAGGGUUAAAUAGAAUCGCGUAGCUGUGGAGGGCCUGGCUGCUUACUGGGGCGACGUUGUUCACCAGCACCGCGUCAAUGCAAUAUUUAUGAACUACGGAUUACAUUCGUCCGCCGACAGGACCAGGAUGGUUUCACAUCUUAUUCCGGUAUCGGGGGAACUUCAACAAGGCGGCGGUAAUCUUGGAGGUCUCGGAUUGCAAGUCAGUGGAAGUAUUUCACAUGGACAGGAGUCUCCGCAUUCGUUGAAAAUCAAACAGGAACCUUACGAUCAACUUUCUCCAGCCUCGUCGCUUCCUUCCAUGCACCAAGUGAGCAGUUUCGACUCGGAUUUGUCGAGUGGUGGUUGCAUGGGUGGUUCUGGUAAGGAGUUGGCCGAUUCUUCGGGUUCCGGUUUGUCCCGUGGAUCGUCGGGAGUUUCAUUGAGCCACCAACGCAACAGUCGUUACCAUCCUUACUACGGUCUUCAUUGGGUCUCUCACGAUCACCACGGUCACUCGAACCAUCCGAGCCCGACGUCCGGUGCAGUUUCGAUACACACCUCGAGUUCGUCGCACCACAGCCAUCGGCCGAUAGAAGAAAAAUCUUCGUCGUCGCCAAGAACGGUACACAGUUCCGCAAACAGUAACGGUAAUUUAGUCCCGAUCGCCCCUUCGACCCCAACUACGGUGUCCGAGGCGUGUCUCACUGCUUCAGUAUUGAACAGCAACGGUAAUUCCCUGGUGCCGAUCGCCCCUUCGACCCCGACCACGGGAUCCGAAGCACCUCCGACGGUUUCUUCGGUUCUGAACAGCACCGGGUCCUCGACGAACGUUAAUUCUUUGGCGUCGUUCGCACCUUCGACUCCGACCACCGGAUCCGAGGCGUCUUUGACUGUUGCAGUAUUGAACAGCGUCGCGGUUUCCUCUACGAAUAGCAAACCGCCGUACAGUUACGUAGCUCUGAUAGCGAUGGCCAUUCAACACAGCGCUCACAAACGAGCGACGCUGAGCGAAAUAUACGGUUACAUAACGGCGAAGUUUCCCUAUUUUGAAAAGAAUAAAAAGGGAUGGCAGAACUCCAUACGACACAAUCUUUCGCUCAACGAAUGUUUCGUCAAAGUGCCGAGGGAAGGGGGCGGCGAACGUAAGGGAAACUAUUGGACCCUAGAUCCUCAGUACGAAGACAUGUUCGAAAACGGCAACUACAGACGGAGAAGGAGGAUGAAACGUCCGUAUCGGAAUGCUCCCUAUCACAAAGCACUUUUUGGCGAAUCCUAUCCACCCGCACACCUUCCUCUGGGUCCGGCGACGCGGAAUCUUUACGCUCUUCCACCUCCUUCGUAUCCACCGGCCUACACGCGCUACGACCCAAGCACUGCGUGGAGUCUGCAACAAUCGCAGCUGUCGUAUUCCCCUUGUCAAGCGCUUCAGCCGCCUUUGCAGCCCGUCCAAUCGAUGCAAAUAUCGACAAUGAACGGAUACAGCCAAUUCGGUUCUUCCCUCAGUAAUUACCUGGAUGUUCCAGGCGCGGAUACUAAUUCGCCGGGAUCCGUCGGUGGUGGAUCUGCCUAUGGAGGGAGUAGUUUCACCGGAUGUUCCAGGAGGCACGAAUCAGGAAUGACCUUUGACCCCAAGGCUGCCAGAUACGCGCCCUACUAGCUAGCUCGCCGUUGCGAAUCAACGCGAGAGAGGAAAAUGGAGGCAGCAGAUUAACCGAUUGCGAGCCGUCGAGCGGCGUCGAGACGGUACGUAAGGCAUCGGCGUCAGCGUAAUCGGUUCUAUGCAAUUCGACGUCACUUCGAGUGUCUCAUAUCCGGCGUUUCUUUGGGGUUGAUUUUCCCGCCCGUCCAAAGUGCUUCAUGUGAAUUAUAAUCCUAGUUAGUUAUGUAUUAUCCGGAACGAUCAAUUGUCGUUUCACGGUAACAGCCAACAAAUUAUACUUCGAUGCUCCGUGCAGGUGAAAAAAUAAGAGAGUAUGUACACGUGCUAUUUAAGUAUACAAAUACAUACUACCAACAGGUAUAUUAGGUGUAAAUCUAACUGUAAAUGUAAAUGUAAAAUAUAUCGUACUGCUAAUACCGUAGGCGAAUACUGAUGAGUGUCUGCGAAAUCUGAAUAAUAUAUAAGAAUAUAAAUAUAAAUACGAAUAUAUAUAUACAGUUAUGAAAUCAUCGAUGUCAUUGUUACAUGUACGUGUAUAUUGUAAUAUUUUAAGAUAAAUAUGUAUAAAACAGUGAAGUGAUGACGUUGAUUAAGGUAUGCUAGCUGAUCUUUGACGCGUAAUUGCAAGUCAUAUAGAUCAGGGAUAUGUAUUUAGUUCGUAUGAAUAAGGAAGGAAAAAAAAAAAAUUGUCGUAUCAUGUUACGAAAAUUCGGCGUUGAUCCAUAAGCGAUUCGACAAACUGUUAUUUUUUAUUUUAUUUUUUAUUCUGAAUAUGAGACACACCUAUAACUGCUGCGUGGGCGUAAUACACCCCGUAUAAAUACUGAAAGAAAGGAAAAGAAAGAGAAAAAAAAAAAAAAAAGAAACGAACCGAAAAUCAUUUUCCAUUGUGUAAUGAUACUACAAUACCAUUUAUAAAAUAGUGCUGUAAGGGUACAAUAAAUUUCAGUUUAUUUAUCGUG